AUGCAGACAAUUUAUAAUGUUAGAGAUGUGCUUUUUGAGGCUGAUAAUAUAGUGUUUUCAAAAGCAUAUGAAGAUCCUCUUAUUCUUAUUGAUAAUGGAUCUUGGCAAUGUAGAGCAGGAUAUGCAUCUGAGAAAGAGCCGCGUAUGGUCUUUGACAGCGUUGUAUCGACCUACAGAGAUCGUCGUCAAAUGAGAACCUAUACUUUAGUGGGGAAUGAUACUUUAGUAGAGCCUAUGGCGAGACAGAUGGCAAAAAGUCCUUUUGAUUUUAAUGUUGUUGCAAAUUGGGAUUUAAUGGUGCGGAAUAUCUAUAGCACAGAAUCGUUGCUUGAUUAUGUUUUUUUGAAAAUGGGAGUAUCAGGAUCAGAAAAAGUAGAACACCCGUUGUUGAUGACAGAGCCGGUGUGUAAUCCAAACUAUACUCGUGGAGUGAUGUCGGAAUUGUUAUUUGAAUGUUAUUGUUUGCCGUCAGUGUGUUACGGGAUUGAUAGUUUUUUUUCAUUUUAUUACAAUGGGGGUGUAGAUGGUAUAAUUGUAAGUGUAGGAAAUAACACUACACAUGUGAUUCCUGUAUUGAAUGGCUCUGGUAAUUUGAGUGCAUCGAAAAGAAUAUCAUGGGGGGGUAUACAGUCUACAGAGUAUUUUCUUAAACUUUUUCAAUUGAAGUAUCCAAAUUUUCCUCAAAAAAUGACGUUUACGCAGGCGCAAUGUUUACUUCAUGAUCAUGCUUAUGUUUCUUUGUCUUAUAAUGAUGAAAUUAAAACAUUUUUAGAUCCAGAUGUGUUAAUUGUUAAAGAUAGAAUAAUCCAGUUUCCAUGUAUAGAGAUGAUUUCUAAUUUAAAAACAGAGGAGGAAGUUGCUCGAUUAGCUGAAAAAAGAAGAGAAGCUGGUCGUCGCUUGCAAAAACAGGCUCAGAAAACACGUUUGGAGAAGUUGCUUCAAAAAGAAAAGGAUAUGGCGUAUUAUAUUGAGCUUCAGGAAACUAUAAAAUUUAAGGAUAAAAAAUUUAUCAUAGAAAAAUUAGAAUCAGAAGGUUUUGCUGAUGAAAUAGAAUUGGCUUCUACGAUAAAAAGGCUUGAUACUGCGAUUAAAAGAGCAAAAAAUAAAGAAUCUGGCCAUGAUUCAGAAACUCCUUCUUUUCCUUUACUUGAUGUUCCUGAUUCAGAAUUGGAUGAAGCAGGGCUUAAACAAAAAAAGCAUCAGAAAUUAAUGAAGUCUAAUUAUGAAGCUAGAAUGCGAAUUAAGGCUGAAAAGCAAGUAGAAAAGGCUCGGAAUGAAGAAAUAGAAAGGUUAGAUGAAGAAAAGCGUUUGAAUGAUUUUGAAAAUUGGCUUGAAGAGAAAAGAAAAGCUAGGAAUUGUCUUCUUGAAAAAAUUAAAGAAAAAAGGAAAUUAAAAGCUGAACUUAAUGAUCGGAAAAGCAUCGCUAGUCAGAUACGUAUGAAAAAUAUUGCUAGUUUGGCUAGUGAUCAAUCUUCUAAAAGAAAGAGGAAAAAAGCUAUUGAAGUUGAAGAUACUUUUGGUGCUAAUGAUGAAGAUUGGGCUAUUUAUCGUGAUAUUGUUAAUACUUCAGAAUCUGAUGAAGAUAAUAAUAAUCUUCAAUAUUUAGAAUCUCAGUUGAUGUUAUAUGAUCCAACAUUUGCUAAAAGUGAUGCAUUAGAUCCUGAUAAAGAUUCUGCUAAUUCAUGGAUUCAUAUGUUUUAUAGAGGAGUAUAUCCUCCAUUUGACCCUAAUGAUAUUCAACAAUCAUAUCAAUUGCAUUUAAAUGUUGAAAGAAUUAGAGUUCCGGAGAUUUAUUUUGAACCGAAUAUUGCUGGUUUGGAUCAAGCUAGUAUAGUUGAAGUCAUAAGUGAUAUUUUAUCUCGUUUUGAUAUAAGUGAUUCACAAAGAAUGGCAGACAACAUUUUCUGUACGGGCGGUGCCUCUUUGCUUAAAAACUUUAGUCUUAGAAUAGAAAAGGAUUUUCGAGCCUUAUGGCCUGCAGAUAGGUCUAUUUGUGUACGACAGGCUAAAGAUCCUCUUAUUGAUGCAUGGAAGGGUAUGCAACAAUGGUGUCAUACUGAAGAAUACAAAAAGAGUUUUAUAACUAGACAAGAAUAUUUAGAGAUGGGCUCAGAAUAUAUGAAGGAGCAUGGAAUGGGUAAUGUUAAAACAUAA